AUGACGAAAUUAUGCUUUGAUAUUACUUGUAAGUUAGAAACACAAAAGGAGGAGUUUAGUAAUCAAGUUAUGUGGGGUAUAGCAAUUUCUAGUUUGGUGCUUUCGGGCGGUCUUGCACUUUCCAGCAUUAACCUUUCCUCAAAUAUGAAAGCAGCUGGAAAAGUCGCAGCAGUUGCGGGAGCCUUAGGUGAAGCAUGUAUUAAACGUUAUAGGACUAUUUCGCAUCAAUUAAAUAACCUGAGUGUGAAAUUAUCAGAGGUUCAGCCGGAUAUAGAUGAAAACAUGAAAGACUAUAAAGAAAUGAAUUCUGAAAUUAGAAAAAAACUUGAAACCAUUAUUUGUAAUUGUAAAACUGAGUGUACGAAGCUUGUUGAACUUUUUAAAUAG